ACCUGAGUUGUCUGUCACAGCGAGGCUGCGUCCAAUCUCCACUUUGGAUUUAAUUGUCUUUAGCCAAGGGGGCGGGCCCUGCUGUCAGCUCCACUUCUUGUGACCCGUGUCGGCAUAAAGGCAUUCAGUACAGAGGAAUGGUGACAGCUGAGAGAGAGGAACUCUAUACAUAGUCGCAGCCAUGAAGGAAAUCAUGGCACAAAAAGAAAAACUCCAAUGCUUGAAGGACUUCCACAAGGACACCCUGAAACCUUCACCGGGGAAGAGCCCAGGCACGCGGCCCGAGGACGAGGCCGAAGGCAAGGCUCCUCAGAGGGAGAAGUGGGCUAGUAAGCUCGACUUUGUCCUGUCCGUGGCCGGAGGCUUCGUUGGAUUAGGAAACGUCUGGCGUUUCCCUUACCUUUGUUAUAAAAAUGGUGGAGGUGCGUUUCUCAUCCCUUACUUCAUCUUCCUGUUCGGGGGUGGCCUGCCUGUGUUCUUCCUGGAGGUUGCGCUGGGCCAGUACACCUCUGAAGGAGGGAUCACCUGCUGGGCCAAGAUCUGCCCCAUCUUCACUGGUAUUGGCUAUGCCUCUGUUGUGAUCGUAUCUCUACUGAACGUCUACUACAUCGUGAUCUUGGCAUGGGGACUCUACUACCUGUUUCAGUGCUUUCAGCCGGAGCUCCCCUGGGCAAAAUGCAAUCAGCCCUGGAACACAGAAUACUGUAUAGAGGACACAGUCCGCAGGAACAAGACCCUAUGGCUGGCAGCCAACAUUACCAACUUCACCUCCCCCGUCACCGAGUUCUGGGAACGCAAUGUGCUGAGCAUCUCCGACGGGAUUGAGGACGUCGGGGAGCUGAAGUGGGACCUGGCCCUGUGUCUCCUAGCAGUGUGGGUUAUAUGCUUCUUCUGCAUCUGGAAGGGAGUCAAGUCCACUGGGAAAGUGGUCUACAUCACAGCAACUUUCCCAUUUGUGAUGCUGAUCGUGCUGCUGGUGCGUGGAGUGACCCUGCCGGGGGCAUCUGAAGGGAUCAAAUUCUACCUUUACCCUAACCUGACCCGCCUACAAGACCCAGAGGUGUGGAUUGAUGCAGGAACCCAGAUUUUCUUCUCCUACGCCAUUUGCCUGGGAGCCAUGACGUCACUGGGGAGCUACAACAAAUACAAAUACAACUGCUACAGGGACUGUUUGCUGCUGGGAGGCCUCAACAGCGGUACCAGUUUUGUGUCUGGCUUCGCAAUAUUUUCCGUCCUGGGCUUCAUGGCACAAGAACAAGGGGUGGACAUUGCCACUGUGGCAGAGUCAGGUCCCGGCUUGGCCUUCAUCGCCUACCCUAAAGCUGUGUCCAUGAUGCCGAUGCCAACCCUCUGGGCAAUCCUCUUCUUUAUCAUGCUGCUGCUUCUGGGCCUCGACAGCCAGUUUGUCGAAGUGGAAGGACAGAUCACCUCCAUCGUGGAUCUAUAUCCGGCCUAUCUCAGGAAGGGUUACCGACGGGAGAUCUUUAUAGCCAUUAUGUGUUUCAUGAGCUAUCUCCUGGGACUCGCCAUGGUAACGAAAGGUGGCAUGUAUGUGUUCCAGCUCUUUGACUACUAUGCAGCCAGUGGUGUGUGCCUUUUGUGGGUUGCAUUCUUUGAAUGCAUCGCUGUAGCCUGGGUUUAUGGAGUGGAUAAUUUCUACGAUGGCGUUGAGGAUAUGAUUGGCUACAGACCAAACGCUUGGAUGAAAUGGAGCUGGACCGUAAUCACUCCUGUCCUCUGCAUGGGCUGCUUUGUCUUCUCCCUGGUGAAGUACAAGCCCUUGACCUAUAACAAGGUGUACGAGUACCCUGACUGGGCCAUCGGUCUGGGCUGGUGUUUGGCCCUGUCCUCCAUGAUCUGCAUCCCCAUGGUGAUGGUCAUCAAGAUCUUACAGUCUGAGGGACCCCUGAUCGAGAGGAUCAAAGCUGUGGCAGCCCCGGCGAAGUCAGGCGUGAGCUCUCGCCCGAAAGAGUACAACGUGAAGGGCAGCGAGCUGACACAGCCCCUGGACCCAAACGGGAACAAUGGCUUGAACAAGCCCACCCACACCAUUGUAGAAACAAUGAUGUGAGCGCUCUCUGUGAGAGGAAUAAGAUUGAUGUGCUUUCUGUGUUAUUAUCUGCUAACUUUGAUAAUGGUAGGUUUACAUCGUCCAAUAUAUACGUUAGAGAUACUCUGGUUUGAUUUCUACGAAGAGAGUUAUAUAUUACUGUUGUAAUGUUUUUUUUUUCUCUUGUAAUUUUUUUUUUAUUUUUUACUAUAUCGAUAUUGUUGAUGUUACAAUUGUUGUUGCUGUAGUUGGCACUGAUCUCAGUUUAGGCAGUAUUUUGAGAUAGAAAAUGUUCAAUGUUUACUACCUUUCUGUUGAUUCCGGAGAAGAGAUGAGGAAUUUGCUAUUUUGGUGUAAUAGAAAGAAAAAGAUGAAAUUCUCACUUCACAUAAAUUCAGUAAACUAAACGAGUAAUUAACCGCGUAAAAAGAUAGAAGACGUCUAAAUACCCUGUCGUGAUUGUGGCAGUCUCGUUGCCCAAGCUAACUUCUAGUAUCUUGUUGUUGUUGUUCAUCCCUGCAGUGAAAAUGAAUGUACCUCCGCUAGCGGCGGAAGUGAGCCACCCACGUCUCUCAGAGUAAAAAUCCAUAACAUGUUAAGUGGCAAUAUGCAGUGUAUAGAGUUAAUCUAGCGUGACAUCCUUUAAGUUGAACAAGGCCUUGGCCAAAUACUGUGAGAAAUGCAUUCAGAAGAUCCAUCCUCAAAAACAGAGACAACAUAAUAAAAAAGAAAAACAGCUAAGAAAGGGGAAGUAAGGAGAAAAGGGAAGUGGCAUUUUUUGAGUAUUUGUACAUAGCCUGUGUGACUACUAUAGUCAGUCCCAGUGCAUUUAUUGAAACCUCUCUUUGCACUUUAUAUGUCGUUUCACCUUUAUUGUAGUAUUUGUUUUUAUUGUUGCAAGGUAUUUGGAGUUGCAUUUGCAACACAGUUCAGGAGGAAAUAUUUUUAGCUUCUAACUUUUUGAUAUUGUAAACUUUGAUAUACAGUAUCUAGUUGUCUCCAUGCUAAGACAAUGACAAAAUAGGGUAGAAAUCUGACAUCAAAUUAUUCUCAGCAGAAUCUGUGAGAACUUCACUUUAAAAGUAAAAACAUUACUUCCUGACAGCUCUCUCCAUUGUGCUCAUUACAGUAGCAGACGCGCUCUGCAUAACUACCACUGGAUUCUAGUUUCUAAUGUUCGGUUUAGGCAUUUGUACUGUAGAAUUUGAAUUGUUUGUAAAUCACAUAUGCCUUUUUGUAACAAUUUUAUACUGUACAUCAUACGAUCACUGAUUAAUUAAUUUUACUGAAAACUCAGCAGUUUGUUUUCUAAAUAUCGAUUACAUUGUGAGCCAGGAUUACAUUUUUCAGUGUGCAAUGUUCAUUGAAGCAAUGGCAUUCUCUGCUCGCUCAAAAUGCACCAUCAAAUUUAAAAUAAUGUUCAAUAAUGCAUCAACUUGCACAGUUGGAUACGACAUCUGAAGCAUGUGCAGGAGCCACCACAGUACCGUGCUGCUUUGUCUGUUAAAAUCUUGGAGAUUCAAGUGUACCAAAGUAUUUUUGUCUCACAGUUGUCCCCUUUGAGAUGCACAUUGCAUCUUUUCUAUAUAGAUUACAAAUAAACAUCUUUUUCUUUGGA